AUGGCCAACCAGGUUGUUGUUUUUGCUCUCCUAUUCGUCGCCGUUGCCGGAAUGGCCUCGGCCGCCAGCUCCCCGAGCAGCACCGCGUCAUCUUCUCCUUCCGCCGCCCCAGCUGGCGCACCGAAGAAAGCUACCGGUGCUCCUGCAGCAUCACCGGCAGGCGCACCAAAGAAAGCUAGCGGUGUUUCCGAUGCAGCUUCUUCGUCGGCGGGCAGCCCAUUGGCCGGAUCUUCGUCGGAUUCCCCCGCUGCCGCCUCACCUGAGACUGGAUCCUCGGCAGGCUCCCCCGCCGGAUCCCACAAAGCGGAGCCCUCAUCACCUCCAUCCCCAGCCAGCGCCGGCAGCCCAGCAGCUAAUGAGGUUUCCGAUUCUCCUGCUGAGGCGCCCGUAGAUGACUAUGACAGCGGCGCCGCAGCUUUAAAGAUCUCCGCUGCUCUCGGAGCUACUGCCGUUGCCGGAUUCUUGUUCUAG